AUGCAUGUUCGUCUGGCUCCAAUAGUCCUCUGGUUGGAUCUGCGCUUGGCUCCAACAAACAGUCCUUCGAAUACAGAGUCCCAAGCAGCGAAACGUCGUUCAAAUCCAGCUACAGAUGUCCUUCGGCGACUACGUAUGCUGAUCUUCGACGGGGACUCCACGAUGGCAUUGGCGUACAAUUCAGAAAGCGUAUUUCACGUUGUAUCGGAUGGUGAUGAUGUACGUUUCAAGAUCGGAGCAAACCUAACCGCUUCCUCUAGAGUUGGAUGGCAGUUCAGUCCCAGUCUUAAUGAUGCCUACCUUCUGUCCAGACGUGGAAUGACACCAAAUCGUCGAUUGUUUAGUUUGUUUGGUUUCAUCCACUUCAAACCUCCGACAAAUCAUUUCAACGGCAAAAGUGACCGGAAGAUGAAACCUACCGAUCACAAUAUCAAAUUACAUCCAACUAACAAUCAAGAUGUACAUUCAGGAUACUUUCCAGCAACUGGAGGACCAGGACUGGAGGAUCAGGCGUUCCAGUUGCGUAGGACAAUGUCCCAAACUUUCUGCCGACUUUUUCGCGUUUUGGAAUUGAAGUGUAACAUGGUAUUUUUUGCCACAAUCGAUGGGGUGGGGAUAACCAACGCGGUACCCGGGUUUGGAAUCCACUGUGGACCGACAAAUUUGGAUUUGUCCUCUUUGCGAAUGCCUUGCAGUCCUACGUAUGGCUCGGAAGAGUAUUCAGGAAAUGGAUUCAAAGUUCCGUCCUUCUUUCCACCAUCACGUUUAGCCGGACUAGAUGGUACAAAUGUUGGCCCAAUAAUCAUAGACUUAGGGAAUGCGGCAGUUCCAAACUUCAUAGUACUGGGUCCACCCGGAGCAAGAGGAUCUCCUUCCGCCCAGGGGUUUCCGUCAAAUGCAUCUAGGGUUCGGCACGUUGAGAUAAACGGUUUUCGACCUUUUAGUUUAGCAAUAUGGUCUUUGAUCUGUGCCUCAUAC